AUGGCCACUGCCGAUCCUGUAGCACAACCUGAGCUGCCUCUUGCUUCGGCAGGUAACAUCUCACCGGAAUUUGAUCCCGAGAAAGUCACAGUUGUAUACAUCCUUGGUGGCCCUGGUUCUGGAAAGGGCACUCAAUCAGCCAACCUUGUACGAGACUACGGCUUCGUGCAUCUCUCGGCAGGCGAUUUACUGCGAGAGGAGCAAAAUACCGAGGGCAGCGAGUAUGGAGAUUUGAUUAAAAACUAUAUCAAAGACGGCCUAAUUGUGCCUAUGGAGAUCACGGUCAAAUUGCUGGAAAAUGCCAUUCGUGCCAGUCUGGACAAGGCCGGUAGCGACUCAGGCAAAUUUUUGAUUGAUGGGUUCCCACGAAAAUUGGACCAGGCUAUCUUCUUCGAGGAAUCUGUCUGUCCUUCUAAGUGCACCCUCUUCCUUGACUGUCCGGAAGAUGUCAUGAGGGAGCGGUUACUGAACAGAGGCAAGACCAGUGGCAGAAUUGAUGACAACGAGGAAAGCAUAGUCAAACGCUUUCGAACUUUUCUGGAAACCAGUAUGCCAGUGGUGGACCUGUUUGACAAAGAAGGACGAGUCAUCAAUGUCUCGGCCACGGGUUCAGUUGGCGACGUAUACGAGAACGUGGUCAAGGGUUUGGCAAGCAAAGGGCUCUCUCCAAGCUAG